AAGAUCUUCAAAUCGGCCAAAAUCUUCAAUGCAGGAUUUUUAAAAGCUAAAACCUUGAAAUCUGCAAAAAUAUUAAAUUCCGCCAAAAUCAUGAAUUCAGGAUUUUGGAAAUCCAAAAUCUUGAAAUCGGCCAAAAUCUUGAAUUCAGGAUUGUGAAAUCUAAGAUCUUGAAAUCGCCGAAAAUCUUUAAAUAGGUCAAAAUCUCAAAUUGAAAAUUUUGAAAACCUAAAAUCUUGAAAUCGGCCAAAAUCUUGGAUUCAGGCUUUUGCAAAGGUAAAAUCUUGAAAUCGUCCCAAAUCUUUAAGUUAGGAUUUUGGAAAAAGAAAAACUUGAAAUCGGUCCAAAGUCUUGAAUUGAGGAUUUUGGAAAGCUAAAAUCUUGAAAUCGGCCAAAAACUUGAAUUCAGGAUUUUGGAACCCUAAAAUCUUGAAAUCGGCCAAAAUCUUCAAUUCAGGAUUUUGGAAAGCUAAGAUCUUGAAACCGGCCAAAAUCUACAAAUUGAGGGUUUAGGAUAGCUAAAAUCUUGAAUUCUCCCAAAUUCUUGAGUUCAGGCUUUUGCAAAGCUAAGAUCUUGAAGUCGACCAAAAUCUACAAUUCAGGAUUUUGGAAAGCUAAAACCUUGAAAUUGUCCAAAAUCUUAAAUUUAGUAUUUUGGCAAAAUAAAAUCUUGAAAUCCGCCAAAAUCUUGAGUUCAGGUUUUUAGAAAGCUAAGAUCUUGAAAUCAGCCAAAAUCUAGAAUUCAGGAUUUUGGAAACCGAAAAUCUUGAAAUCGGCCAAAAUCUUGAGUUCAGGCUUUUGGGGAGCUAAAAUCUUAAAAGCGGCCAAAUUAUUGAAUUCAGGAUUUUGAAAAGCUAAAAUCUUGAAAUCGGCAAAAAUCUUGAUUUCAGGAUUUUGGAAAGCUAAGAUCUUGAAAUCGGUCAAAAUCUGUAAUUUAGGAUUUUGAAAAGCUAAAAACUUGAAAUCGGCCAAAAUCUUGAUUUCAGGAUUUUGGAAAGCUAAGAUCUUGAAUUCGGUCAAAAUCUCCAAUUUAGGAUUUUGGAAAGCUAAAAUCUUGAAAUCGGCCAAAAUCUUGAAUGGAGCAUUUUGGAAAGCUAAGAUCUUUAAAUCGGCCAAAAUCUUCAAUGCAGGAUUUUUGAAGGCUAAAACCUUGAAAUGUGCCAAAAUAUUAAAUUCCGCCAAAAUCAUGAAGUCAACAUUUUAGAAAUCUAAAAUCUUGAAAUCGGCCAAAGUCUUGAAUUCAGGAUUUUGGAAAGCUAAAAUCUUAAAAUCCGCCAAAAUCUAGAAUUCAGAAUUUUGAAAUCUAAGAUCUUGAAAUCAGCCAAAAUCUUUAAAUAGGUCAAAAUCUCGAAUUGAGGAUUUUGGAAAGCUAAAAUCUAGAAAUCGGCCUAAAUCUUGAAUUUAAGAUUUUGGAAAGCUAAAGGCUUGAAAUCCGCGAAAAUCUUGGAUUCAGGAUUUUGGAAAGCUAAAAUCUAGAAAUCGGCCAAAAUCUUGAAUUCAUUAUUUUGGAAAGGUAGGAUCUUGAAGUCGAACAAAAUCUACAAUUCAGGAUUUUGGAAAGCUAAAAUCUUAAAAUCCGCCAAAAUCUUGAAUUCAGGAUUUUGGAAAGCUAAAAUCUUAAAAUCCGCCAAAAUCUUGAAUUCAGGAUUUUGAAAUCUAAGAUCUUGAAAAGGGCCAAAAUCUUUAAGUUAGGAUUUUGGAAAGCGAAAAUCUUGAAAUCGGCAAAAAUCUUGAAUUGAGGAUUUUGGAACCCUAAAAUCUUGAAAUCGGCCAAAAUCUUGAAUUCAGGAUUUUGGAAAGCGAAAAUCUUGAAAUCGGCAAAAAUCUUGAAUUGAGGAUUUUGGAACCCUAAAAUCUUGAACUCGGCCAAAAUCUUGAAUUCAGGAUAUUGGAAAGCUAAGAUCUUGAAAUCGGCCAAAAUCUUAAAUUCAGGAUAUUGGAAAGCUAAAAUCUUGAGUUCAGGCUUUUGAAAAGCUGAAAUCUUGAAAUCGCCCAAAUUCUUGAAUUCAGGUUUUUUAUAAAGCUAAAACCUAGAAAUCGGGCAAAAUCUUCAAUUCGGGAUUUUGGAAAGCUAAAAUCUUAAAAUCCGCGAAAAUCUUGAAUUCAGGAUUUUGGAAACCUAAAAUCUUGAAAUCGGCCAAAAGCUUGAAUUUAGGAUUUUGGAAACCUAAAAUCUUGAAAUCGGCCAAAAUCUUGAAUUGAUGAUUUUGGAAAGAUAAAAUCUUCAAAUCCGCCAAAAUCUUGAAUUCACCAUUUUAGAAAGUUAAGAUCUUGAAUUCGGCCAAAAACUUGAAUUUAGGAUUUUGGAAAGCUAAAAUCUUGAAUUCGGCCAAAAACUUGAAUUUAGGAUUUUGGAAAGCUAAAAUCUUGAAUUCCGCGAAAAUCUUAAAUUUUAGGAUUUUGGAAAGCUAAAAUUUUGAGAUCAGGCAAAAUAUUAAAUCCCACCAAAAUCUUGAAUUGAGGAUUUUGGAAAGCUAAAAUCUUCAAAUUAGCCAAAAUCUUGAAUUCAUGAUUUUGGAAAGCUGAAAUCUUAAAUCGGUCAAAAUCUUGAAAUCACAAAGUUGGAAGGCUUAAAUGUAGAAAUUCGCCAAAAUCUUGAAUUCAAAAUUUUGGAAAGCUAAGAUAUUGAAAUGGGCAAAAUCUUGAAAUCGGCUAACAUCUUGAAUUUUGGAUUUUGGAAAGCUAAUAUCUCAAAUUCAGGGUCCUGGAAAGCAAAAACCUUGAAAUCGGCCAAAAUCUGGAAAUCAGGAUGUUGGAAGGUUUAAAUCUUGAAAUCCGCCAAAGUCUUGAAUUCAGGAUUUUGGAAACCUAAAAUCUCGAAAUCGGCCAAAAUCUUGAAUUAACCUUUAUGAAAGCUAAAAUCUUGAAAUCGGCCAAAAUCUACAAAUUGAGUAUUUUGGAUAGCUAAAAUCUUGAAUUGUCCCAAAAUCUUGAGUUCAGGCUUUUGGGAAGCUAAAAUCUUGAAAUUACCAAAAAUCGAAUUCAUUAUUUUGGAAAGGUAAGAUCUUGAAGUCGAACAAAAUCUACAAUUCAGGAUUUUGGAAAGCUAAAAUUUUACAAUUAGCCAAAAUGUUGAAUUCAGGAUUUUGGAAAGCUGAAAUCUUGAAAUCGCCCAAAAUCUUGAAAUCAGGAUGUUGGAAGGCUUAAAUCUUGAAAUCGGCCAAAAUCUUGAAUUCAGGAUUUUGGAAAGCUAAAAUCUUGAAAUCGGCCAAAAUCUUGAAUUCAGGAUUUUGGAAAGCUAAAAUCUUAAAAUCCGCCAAAAUCUUGAAUUCAGGAUUUUGUAAUCUAAGAUCUUGAAAUCCUCGAAAAUCGUUAAAUAGGUCAAAAUCUCGAAUUAACGAUUUUGGAAAGCUAAAAUCUUGAAAUUGGCCAAAAUCUUGAAUUCAAAAUUUUGGAAAGCUAAAAGCUUGAGUUCAGGCUUUUGAAAAGCUGAAAUCUAGAAAUCGCCCAAAUUCUUGAAUUCAGGUUUUUAUAAAGCUAAAACCUUGAAAUCGUAUAAAAUCUUCAAUUCAGGAUUUUGAAAAGCUAAAAUCUUGAGUUCAGGCUUUUGAAAAGCUGAAAUCUUGAAAUCGCCCAAAUUCUUAAAUUCAGGUUUAUAUAAAGCUAAAACAUUGAAAUCGGCCAAAAUCUGCAAUUCAGGAUUUUGGAAAGCUAAAAUCUUGAAAUCGGCGAAAAUCUUGAAUUCAGGAUUUUGGAAACCUAAAAUCUUGAAAUUGGCCAAAAGCUUGAAUUUAGGAUUUUGGGAACCUAAAAUCUUGAAAUCGGCCAAAAGCUUGAAUUCAGGAUUUUGGAAAGCGAAAAUCUAG